UGAGAAGCAAUGCAAAAUUGAUGAAACCCUAGCUUUUUUGUGCUGUCGUCAAUUUUCUUCUUUGGAACAGUUUGUGCUUUCGGGUUUAGGGUCGCUUCCUCAAACAAGCCCCACCUGUGUAUGAGGCAGCAACCUCUAAUUUAAAAACAGAGAAGAUGUUUUCUUCUCUACCUUCCUAAGUGGCAGCCUCAGUUUUGGAGCCUCGAUGCGGCAGCAAAAGAAAUCCCUCUUCUCUUUGUGCUCUAUCCUUUCUCUCUCCCUCUCUCCUGUUCUUGUCUGAUUUAUGUACAUCGGAUAUUGAAAGUUCAAGAAUACUAGCAACAUGAUUAAGAGACGCCCGCCAGAUCCAGUGGCUGUGCUGAGGGGCCACCGUGCUUCUGUUAUGGAUGUUUGCUUUCACCCAUGCAGAGACAUUUUAUUUUCUGGAUCAACAGAUGGAGAAUUGCGUAUAUGGGAUGUGGUCCAACACCGCACAAUAUCGUCAUCUUGGAUCCAUAGUGCAGCACAUGGGAUUGUUGCUGUUGCGGCCACUCCUUUGCUUGGAAGCAACAAAGUCAUCAGCCAAGGUAGGGAUGGAACUGUUAAAUGUUGGGAUAUUGGAGAUGGAUGUUUGUCCAGGAAUCCUUCAGUUACAAUUAAGACAAACUCUUAUCACUUUUGCAAAAUUUCCUUGACGAAAAAGGCUUGUGACUCUCAAAGGCAAGAGGAAGCUCAAGGUCCAAAUUACGUAGCUAUGGCUGGGGAGCAGUCUUCCGAGGUUGAGAUUUGGGAUCUCAAUACUGCAGAAAAGGUGGUCCAGUUGCCUCAGACCAGCUCUUCUGGACCAGGAAGUCAGUCAACAAAAGCAAGAGGGAUGUGCAUGGCUGUUCAAACAUUUUUUCCAUCUGAGUCACAAGGAUACUUAAACGUCUUGUCUGGUUAUGAAGACGGGACAAUGGCAUGGUGGGAUUUGAGGAAUCCAAAACUUCCCUUAGCAUCACUUAAGUUUCAUUCAGAGCCAGUUCUGAGUUUGUGCAUUGAUGGAUCGUGCAAGGGAGCUAUCUCUACAUCUGCAGAUGACAAAAUAGUGCUUUUCAGUUUAUCUUCUUCAAUGGGAUCCUGUGUAGUUAAGAAAGAGAUCACUUUGGAUCGACCCGGCAUAGCUGGAUCCUCAAUUCGUCCAGAUGGUAAAAUUGCUGCAACAGCUGGGUGGGACCAUAGAUUGAGGAUAUACAAUUAUCACAAUGGAAAUCCUCUGGCAAUACUAAAAUAUCAUCACGGCAAUUGCAAUGCUGUUGCAUUUUCAAAUGAUAGUAAAUUAUUGGCCUCUUCUUCAGAAGACACAAUGGUGGCAUUGUGGGAUAUUUAUCCUCCUCGGGCAGUUAACUAAUGUUCUUCAGCCAUAAGGUACAAACCCAAUUCCAACACCUUCAAAUGAGAAUAGUUUUAAUGCUAUAGAAGAACCUAGUUUAAGUUCCCUUUGAGAUUCAUCAGUUGUUUAAACUAAUAAAUGAAAUUUCCUUUCCAUUUGGAGUUUUAUUUAAUAUUAAUCACAUGAAUGAAUUGAAUUA